AUGUAUCUAUCUAUCUAUCUAUCUAUCUAUCUAUCUAUCUAUCUAUCUAUCUAUCUAUCUUGUACAAAUCUUGAAUUUUUGAUCGAUAUGCAUAUCUGCAUCUAUCUAUCGAUCUCUCUUUGUCUCCCAAUAAUAUAUUAUUCCAUAUGCACGUGUGAUUUUCCAAUGAGUUCCUCCACACGCGUCACAUGGACUGCCGCCAUCAAUAAUUUCUCUCGUCUUAAUCAUGUAGAAAUACCUAUCUUGGUCUAUUUUAUCUAUCUAUCUAUCUAUCUAUCUAUCUAUCUAUCUAUCUAUCUAUAUCCAUCUAUCUAUCUAUCUAAGCCCGUCAUUUCUUUCUUUCUUUUUUUCUUGCUUUCUUUCUUUCUUUCUUUCUUUCUUUCUUUCUUUCUUUCCCAGUCAUUUACAUCAUCUAUCGAUCUCCGCUUCUAUCUAUCUAUCUAUCUAUCUAUCUAUCUAUCUAUCUAUCUAUCUAUCUAUCUAUUUAAGCCCGUCAUUUCUUUCUUUCUUUCUUUCUUUCUUUCCCCCGGUCAUUUGCAUCAUCUAUUCAUCUCCGCUUCAUUUCUAUCUAUUCAUCUAUCUAUCUAUCUAUCUAUCUAUCUAUCUAUCUAUCUCUCUCUCUCUCUAUAUAUAUAUAUAUAUAUAUAUAUAUAUAUAUAUAUAUAUUUCUUUUUCUUUCUUUCUUUCUUUCUUUCUUUCUUUCUUUCUUUCUUUCUUUCUUUCUUUCUUUCUUUCCCAGUCAUUUGCAUCAUCUAUACAUCUCCGCUUCUAUCUAUCUAUCUAUCUAUCUAUCUAUCUAUCUAUCUAUCUAGUCUUCUAUCUAUCUAUCUAUCUAUCUAUCUAUCUAUCUAUCUAUCUAUCUAUCUAUGUCAGUCUGUUCGCAUCUAUCUAUCUAUCUAUCUAUCUAUCUAUCUAUCUAUCUAUCUAUGUUCGUAUCUAUCUAUAUUCGUAUCUCUCUCUCUCCUAUCUAUCUAUCUAUCUAUCUAUCUAUCUAUCUAUCUCAAGUCUUUGAAUCCUUGCUGGAGAAGAAUUAUUUUCUACUCUCCUCUCUCUCUCUCUCUCUCUCUCUCUCUCUCUCUCUCUCUCUCUCGCCAGGUCUAG